GACCGCAGCUGCCGAGGCCGGAGCCGCACCUUCAGCUCCUCAGAACAGAGGCUUCUCAAAGAAGAGUCACACAUUCCUGCCUAAAAUAUUUAGAAAAAUGUCUACUCAAUCAGCGAAAGAAAGACCCGAAAGCUUGCAGUUCCCUUUCCUUGACGAUGAAGAUACCAUCUCCACAGUCAAAGAAUCUAAAACCUUUUUUAUUUUAAGAGGCCUGCCUGGCAGCGGGAAGUCCACCCUUGCCCAGGCUAUUCAAGAUAGGUAUAAAGAUGCCUGCAAGGUCAUCUCUGUUGAUAGCUAUAAAAUUACACCUUUAAUAAGAAGCACCAUUCCUGAAGAGUAUUCAAAGGUGGAUGAGGAUCUAGUUGACUAUUGCAAACGAGAUACCAGCGUUAUCGUUUUGGAUGACACUCACCAUGAGAGGGAACGACUGGACCAACUCUUUGAUAUUGCUGACAAAUACCGGUACAAAGUCAUCUUUGCUGAGCCCAAAACCCACUGGCGAAUGGAUUGCUUGCAGCUGAAGGAAAAGAAUCAGUGGAAACUGUCAGUGGAAGAGCUGAAGAAGAUGAAGCCGAGCUUGGAGAAGGAAUUCCUACCCAUGUAUUUUGGGUGGUUUUUGAGCAAAAGAAGUUCAGAGAUCCUGAGGAAGGCUGGCCAGGCCUUCUUAGAUGAGCUUGGAAGUCUCAAAGCCUUCAAAAAGGAGAGUAAAUACUUUGCUUCUGCUAUUGAAGAUCCCAAAAUAAAAAUAGAUCUCACCAGCUACUUUGUGAAGAGGCCGCCCGGGGUCCUACACUGCACCACAAAAUACACAGAGUUUGGAAAAGCAGCUGGAGCUGAGGAAUACGCACAGCAAGAAGCUGUGAAGGCUUCCUACAGCAAAGGCUUCACCUUGUCCAUUUCUGCUCUGUUCAUCACAACAAAAACUGUUGGUGCUCGUGUAGAGCUGAGCGAACAGCAGCUGCUGCUGUGGCCUGGAGAUGCCGAUAAGAUCCUGCCCGCCGACAACCUCCCAAAAGGCAGCCGGGCUCACAUCACCCUCGGCUGCGCCAACGGUGUCGAAGCAGUCCAGACUGGGCUCGAUCUGCUGGAGUUUGUGAAACUGGAAAAGGCAGGGAACAAAGGGGAUGAAGUGGGGGAAAUUGGAGGAGGGAAACUGCUGUAUUUUGAUAAUGGUAUGUGGAUGCUCAUCCUUUCUAAAAAGAUCGAUGUGAAGGCGAUAUUCUCAGGUUACUAUGGAAAAGGAAAACUUGUGCCAACGCAGAGCACCAACAAACGGGGCUCUGCUUUUAGUUCCUGCACCAUCAUCUAGGAGCAUGGGCAGAGUAGCUUGUUUGUUUGUUUUUAAAAGGCAAGUAACUCCUGUAACCUUUAAAAGUGUAAAGAGAAAUAAUUCUACCUUUACUAAAGUAAGCCCUUUUGCCAACCCCAGUGUAAAGCCUCUCUGGGGAGAGAGUUUAUUGGCCUCAGAACAAGGAAGAAAACAAGCAACUCUUGACUGACAAAGGAAAACUGUCACAUAACUGAUGUCAAUAACUGAAGUGCUGCUGAGUGCGUUUUAAAGGAGGAGUUUUGGAGAGAACUAGCCAUGGUGGUCUGCUUGUUUUCUUCCUCGGAGGAAGAUCUCCUAUGGUCUUUUAUAACUUCCCUACGAACCACAAUCGUUAGAUCUUUACACGUCAGCACUAUAAGCAGUGGCAGACCAAAGCCUGUACGUAACUGGUCUGAAGCCAAGUGAAGUGAACUGCGUAACGUCUCUCCCCUUCUCCCACACCCGAGGGACUGACAUCAGUCAUUCUGGUAGCUGAAUUACCGGGUCAAAACCGGCAAGACUCAAUUGUGGAUCGUUUCUGUCAAGCGUGGCAGUUACUAAUCGUUUAGCCCACAAGAAGAGAACUUGCAGAGGGCAGCAGGGUGUCUAACAGCCUUGAUCAGAGGUCAGUCCUGCAGCCCUGUAGCCAGCCAGCCACGCUCUACCCCAAU